CACACACUCAGUGUGUGCUUCCCUCGGAAAUUCCAUUUUAUAUCUUCUGAGGAACUGGAACACUUGUAAAACAUUCAGUGGAUUGAGGCUGGAAGUAUUGCUGAGACUGGUCAAUAGGAACAGAAACCUUUCUCUACCUUUAUUUAAAACCCCCCUCUUCAUCUAAUAACACCUCUAAAAGCUGGCAGAGUGAAGGGAUGCGUUUGGCGUUUCCUGCCCCCUCAGAGGCGCCGCAUCCUCCCGGAGCGCGUGUGGAGCAACACAAGCAUGGCCUACAUAUUAAAGACACUCAACAGCUGGUUCUGGUGGGAGAAUAUCUGGAUGCCAAUCAAUUGUACAUGGGCAGAUUUUGUAGACCGGGAUGGCCUUGUCUUUCCCAAACCACAUCAGUUAUAUGCCACAAUUCCAUAUGCUUUUGUAUUGCUGAUUAUCCGAUUCUUCUGUGAAAGAUAUGUUGCCAUUCCUCUGGCAAAAGCCUUGGGUAUAAAGAAUGUAAGACGUGUGAAGCCACAGCCUAAUCCUGUUUUAGAGAGUUAUUUCCGGGAGUGCUCAAGACAUCCAUCCCAAUCAGAGAUUCAAGGCCUUGCCAAGAAGUGCAACUGUACUGUCCAUUUGGUGGAGAAGUGGUUUAGGAGACGGCGGAACCUUGAGAUCCCAACAGUCCUUCGGAAAUUCCGGGAGGCUUUCUGGCGUUUCUCAUUCUAUCUGACAUCCUCCAUUGUUGGAUUUAUAUUUCUGUAUGAUAAACCCUGGUUUUACGACAUCUGGCAGACGUGGGUUGGAUACCCGUUUCAGACCCUGCUGCCAUCCCAGUACUGGUACUACAUGGCUGAGAUCGGGUUUUACUGGUCUCUCUUAUUUACCCUUGGGAUUGACAUCAAAAGGAAGGAUUUCAUGGCUCACGUUGUCCAUCACUUGGCAGCCAUCGGGUUGAUGAGUGGCUCUUGGUGUGGCAACUACGUGCGCCUCGGGACUCUGGUGAUCUUUGUGCACGACACUGCAGAUUUCUGGCUCGAGGCAGCCAAAAUGUUUAAUUAUGCUCACUGGGAGAAAACCUGCAAUAUACUCUUUAUCAUCUUCUCUAUUGCAUUCUUCAUCACCAGGAUCAUCCUGUUCCCCUUCUGGAUUCUUCGUGCCACACUCUAUCUGCCAACCUACUAUUCCACGACUCCUGUCAUAGCCUAUUUUUUAUUCAAUGGGAUGCUGUUGACCCUCCAAGGCCUGCAUUUAUACUGGGGUUACUUAAUCUACAAGAUUUUGAAAAGGUUCGUUUUCCUAAAGGACUUGAAAGAUGAUCGGAGUGAUGAAGAGGAGGAAGAUUCUGUCACAGAUACUGAGGAGGAGUCCACAAAGAACGGCAGCAAGAGCAGCAGUGGGUCAAGCAAACACCUCCUCAGUGGCAGUCACCACUAGCCCUGUCCUGCCCCACCUCCUGCAGUGAUUUCUGCUCUGGUUUCAGCCCAACCUACAGGAUAGAAUUUGAGUCAAAAGGCUUGUGAGAGACUGUGAUUGAUUUAUUGUUGGCUACUGGACCUGGAAAAAAGGCCAGUUUAGAGGGAAGGGAGAAAUUGCAUCAAAUGACAAAACGUGUUAACGACCCACUUUCUGAAUCGUUGGGAAGUGUGUGGGAAGAGGUUUGGACACUGACAGUGCUCCACUGGGGCAGAGCUCAGGGGAGUCAAAUAAUUCACUGUCCCACUGGUUUUCAAUGAGAUAUAUUCCAUCAAACAGUUUAAAUCACAGAUGUUUUGGGGUAGGUAACUUAGUGUGAACUCCAUUAGGAACCAGAAUUACUCAACGUGGGAAAAAUCUGACAGUGCUCUGCAGGGACUGGCACUUCAGUCUUUACUCUUCAGUUGAAACCCUCAUCAAAAGUGAUAUUUUUUUAAGUUAGAUUUCAUUUCCUGGAGGCUGGAGGAAGCAAACAUGGAGGAAUUCAAAUGACUUGCCUGUGAAGAGUUGGCUUCAGUGCAGAAAUACAGUCCUUCUCUAAAAUGUGCUGUAUGAUAGAUAGGUCAAAUAUUGUGUUCUAAGAUUUACCUGUCAAGGAAACCACUGUUAAAACAGCAAAACUCAACCCUGACCCUCCACUGAGCUCCAGGUUUCCCAAAUGUCUUUCAGUCCUUUUGGCCCAGUGUUAGAACAGAAGGGGCAGUGGGGAGAGAAGAGAGUGAGUGGAAAUUGGGUCUUUUCACAGAUCCUUGUGCACUUACUUGUAUUCAAAACACCCCCUGUUCCUGACACAUCUUCAGCCCAGAGGGUUAAAAACAAAUCUCAUCCAGUCCCUUCUUGUGAGGUCCUUGGAUAUUGUGUUCUCUGGAGCAAGUGCUAAAUUCUGAUUUGAGGUUGUGGAGUGUUCACUGCAGGUAUCCAGGCUUUGGAGACUGGCAUGGAAUGUCACAUUGUCUGUGCUGUGGGUUCAUCUGAUACCAGGAUCAGUAUUUCCAUCUCUGCUCUGUUAUAAAAUGGGGAAUCACAUAAGUUAGAGUCAAACAGUGUGACUUUGGCCACAUACUGUUGUUUAUCUGUAAGCAGUGGAGGAACAGUGGAUGUUUGAUCAGUUCCCCAAAGUGCCUCUGUCCUAAAUUUGCCCCUCUUUUCUAACCCCAGUGUGCACUGCAGCAGCAUUUUCAGUCCCAGGGCUUUCCAGGGAGAGCCUGGGCCUUGUAAACAGGGUGGUGCCAGUCUCACUUCCAGCUGCAUGAGCUCACAAGGCCAUAAAUGAUUGGUGUCAUAAGUUUUAGAGGCUCUGCAUGUGAUUCUACAGUAGCUGAGAUCAUCUGGGGAGCUAAAUCCAGUAGCCUGAUGGAGGCCAGGGGAGCAGGGCUAGAACAGCCCUGGAGCAGAGCACUUGGUUUGGGAAGGCUCUGCUUCCCUUGGGCUGCUCGGGCAGGAAUUGGUGACCCACAGGAAGUGUGACAUGACUGACUUGUUUUCCCAAGAUUUCCUUGGCAGGGGGGGAUGUAAUUCAGCAACUGAAGCAUUUGAAAGAAGGGGAAAUGUUUGGGAUAUCAGAUAUGAAGAGAGGAGUGUUUUCUGUGCAGGUACAAGAAGCUGCAGAAGUGCUUUGUUACAGAGGCUUCAUUUUUCACAGUGUUUGAUUUUUUACUUGCAUUUUGGAGCAGGUAAUACCCCAAAUGUGCCUGUUUUACCACACAGAGAAUUCCACUGAGGAAGGAGCAUGGCCUACAGCUUCUGAGAAGGAUGGGAGAUGUGUGCUGGUGGAAUGGGACCAUCUAAAGCAACUGUUGAGUUUGGCAGGGCCACAGUUGCAUAUCAAGGCCUGUUUAUUGCCUACAUGAAAAACACUGGCCUUUCCUAACAAAAUGUGGAAAACUAGCAUCUUGGAGGCUUUACACUCCCUUGGAGAGACAACUGUGCUUUCUUUGAGAUGUAAGGGAGUUUUGGGAGGUGGCCAGGGUAUUAUCAUUUAAUUUUGGUGCCAGAAGCUUUCCUCCUAUGACUAGGAAAGGAAUUCAGGAAAGGAAACACAAGGAAUGAUGUUGUCACAGGAAUGAGCCUCUGAACAACUACUGAUUUUUAAACUGGAAUUUAUAGUCUCCUUGAGGCCAAACCUUGCCCUUUCUGCUCAGGACAAGCCUCCCACUGAAGCCAAUUAACUCAAUUGGAGUCUUGCCUAGGAGAAAUUUUGGAUUGCAGUUAUCCAGCCUAAUUGCCAGAACCGUUGUUCUAAGUCAGUGUGAAACUGGGGUCUUCGAGGAAGAGCAGAAGGUAGAUAAAUACACUCAAAUGUAAAGCAUUGAGGCAAAUUUUGGGUGAGUACAGAAGAAUAUGGAAGAAAACAUCCUGAGGGUGAAGAUUGUCUGGGCACAAUAAACAACCAAAUAACUCCAUCAUGUGUCAGUGAGGGGUGUCGAGGGCAGGCCGUGAGGGCCCUGCCCAGGGGUUGCUGCCAUGGCACACACAGGGAUUAGACCUAAACAUCCUGAAUGUAAAGCUCUAGGAACUGGGAAUAAAUACCCCCAGUAGAGAAAGAAGUGGGAAUGGAUUGUGACAGUGAGACUGGAUGUAUCUCCUCUGUUAACAUCAGAUUGGUCAUUCCUGAAGUUAUGGGAGCUUCAUUUUCCACUUGUUACUGAUAGAAACCCAGAAACAAGAAGCUGAGCUCACAAGGACACAAUUCCUGCCAAAGAAAUUCAUGUCAUGGUGCUCGAGAUUUUCAGUCUAUUCAAUGCAAUGCAAUGAAAAUUCAGCCUUAACAUUUUUAUGAUCUUGGUGUGAAAAGAGUCUCCAAACACAGGAGCAGAAAAGCUGUAGGUGUGGCUGGGAGCACAGGCUCUGACAUGUUAUUGUCACCAUUUCACAAAGGGUGUCCUGGUUCAAUGAGGUGACACAGUGCUUCUGGCUUUGCUGUGUCAGUCUGACCAUGCCAAAAUAUUUCUGAUAGUUAUAGACUGAAAAUCAAAUCUUAGUCCAUCAGACUCAGGGCAAACUCUUCUGUUCCAUUUAAUUUCUCUGUCUUUAGUUCAGGUAUUCCUGUCCAUGUGUACUACACUGCCUCUGUACUUAUUCCAUACUUAGAUUUACCAGCCUGCUCUGGAUUUUAUUUACAGAUCUCCUUUGCUCCACAGAACUCAUUUUCUCAAUUCAUAUUAUUUGGUAUAAUUAUCUUUUUUUGUUGUUCUUAACACCACUGACUUUGCCUGGUCAGUUGUGAUACACAUUACAAAUAAAUAUUUUUUGAAAA